UUAUAUUUUAGCGGCGUUUACAAAUGCAAUCUUCCCUCUCCCGGCUACUCUAUUGUAUUCUGUUAUGCUCUAGUUUGUACUAUGGCUUUGGGGGACCUGGAACAGGAAAUUGCCUCUAUAGCUUCGAGGAUCGAGUAUCCACUAUAUAACUGUAUUGAUCCGUUAAUUCAAACGAUUCAUGAUACUUGUUCUGACCAAACGGAGCUCACUGAGCUAAUGGAGCGUCUGGGCAUUUGCUCACCUUCUCGCGCUGACUGGAAAGAUUUUAUGAAUAAACAACUUGUUGAGAGGUAUUUUUUAAUUUGCUAUCAUACUUAUAGAUAUGCUUCUAUAUUUGGGCGUACCUUGGUUCAUCUGUUUUGGAAUCUCGGGUUGGAGCCUCCUGAUGGUCUUGCUGACAAUGAAAUGGAUGCAGACACUACCGGGCACUCACUCUCCCCAUGCUUAGGGCCUUCACUUCCUCAACUCCAAUCUCCUCAGACUUCAGGUCGUCAAACCGGCGCAAGCCAUGUGACCAAAAGGGCGGCUGCGCGCCAAUCUCUGCCACGGGCAUUAUUUACAGAUCCUGUUGUUAUACCAAUUGCAAAGGCCUCUUUGAUCAAAUCUACUCCAGCGACCUCAUUUGGCCAUAAAGACGUCCAUGACUCAUCUUCCAGGCGGACAAUUCAAACAAAUCUCCAGCUUACUGCACCUCAACUGGUUCUUAUAAGUAGAUCACAGGUUACAAGGUCAAGACGUAAAAUGAAGACACCAAAAAAGUGUACCGAUCCAAGAAAAAGGCAUCCAAGUGGCGGAAGAUCUUCUUCUCAACGACGUCGCUUCGAAUCUGGAACCAGCCCCUCUUCAGGACGAGGCGGGCGCUCUUGUACGACUGUCCGAAGUCCCCGACUCAAUUUGAUGCGUCAGUUAGCCUCAUCGGUCGAAGCCUCACCAAGCCGGGGUCUUGAUGUUCAUGAGCUUUCUCCUUUGGUUGGUUCUACUCCCUGUCAAGCCUCUGCAUCCAAAAUUCGUUUGCAAGGAGGCAGUGGAGAAGGCAAUGGUAAAUUGUGCCGGUCGAAUGGGGUACGUUUCAACAAUUUGUUUACCUUAGCUGGAUAA